AUGCCACCGAAAAAGAACCUGAGGCCACGACAGCAGCAAAUUCUGGAUUUCAUCGAGCACUUUCUGGUCGAAAACGGUAUCCCGCCGACGGUGCGGGACAUUCAGCGCGGCUGCAGCAUCAGCAGCACGUCGGUGGUCGAUUACAAUCUGCGGCUGAUGGAGCGGGAUGGAUACCUGAAGCGACGCUCCGAAGUCGCACGCGGGAUCGAACUGCUGGACGAAACGGGCCUGCCAAUCGCCAAUGGAGCCGCCCGGGUGCAGAUAGUGGGCAGCAUCGCUGCCGGUCAGCCGAUACCGGCAUUCUCCUCGGAAGGGGUCGGUUCGGCGGCGGAAUUCGACAUCGUUGAGGUGCGCCCGGACCUCAAAAAGCGGCACGGAACCCUCUACGCGCUGUCGGUCAAAGGCACGUCGAUGAUCGACGCACUGAUCGACGACGGCGACGUGGUGGUGAUCAAGCCCACCAACACGGCGCGCAACGGCGAGAUGGUGGUCGCCUGGCUGAAAGAAGAGGAAGAGGCGACCCUCAAGAAGUUUUUCCGUGAGGGUGACCAGGUCCGCUUGCAACCGGCCAACAGCACCAUGGACCCGAUCUACGUGGCGGCGACCAACGUCGAGGUAAAGGGCCGGGUGGUGGAAGUCCUCCGGCAGUUCUAG